UGGAAAAUCAUGAUUGGCCCUCGAGGCGGCCGCAUGCAAGUCCCGCCAGAUCUCCCCCACCUCAAACGGGCCUGCAGGUCGGUGCAUCUGGGACACGUGAGCUACAAACGCCCGCACUCCUGCGCCGAACAAUCGGCCCCCCGCGCCGGACGACGCUGACAACCGUUCCCGCUUGGCGGGCUCCGAUGAUCUCCGGCCAGGCCAUCUGCGGGAUCCAGGUUGGGGAUAGGGACGUGGUGGCCAGCAACCACAUGACGGUCAUCUGGACCUUGGACCUACAUACGUUAUCUGGGUGGUUAUGCUUGUGCCGCUGUGUGCAUCAUCAUGUCACAGCUUCACACAUGCAACCCCGCAUUUCACCAUCCCAAUAUGGCGGAUCAUUCAUACACUAGAGGGGCGAAAGAAGGCAAGCAAACGUCACCGAACUGGCGCCUUCAUAAUCAAGCCUCUCGCCUGCUUCCGAGCACUCCGUCAACUAUGACUCUUUGUCUCUACGUGCCCAUCCCAUCUUGCACCUCCUCGAUGAUGAAGCCCAACGCCGCCGCUGAUCAUCACCAUCACACAUGGUUGAAGGCACCUAUCUGCUGACGACGGUUCACAAUCAUCUCUCCCAAGAUUGCUCACAGCUCAGCAGGCACGGAGUAUUAUCCGGCGGCAACAUAUACCCCGAAACGCAAUUGAUACGAAGCGCUAAGCGACUCUGUUUGCAGCCUCGUCCACAAGGCCACGACAUUUCUCGUGGUCAGAUAGGCCAGGGUGGCCCAAGCCGCUGUUCCGGAUUCCCAGCCUUCCUGUCCCUUGCGCCUCCGGCCUCGUUUACACCACUCAGGCAGAACAGCCGCGUCGACGCCUCUUGAAAAUUUUCACGGGCCGUUGGGAAUUUGAAAUGAAGCCUGGGCUCGACACGACGUUGGACAGAGACCUUGAAAUAUUCCCAGUCAUUGUGUGGACCAAUUUCGCUUAGAAGGGGAGCAUCACACGCCUUCCCGUUUUGCAAUCCAUUCGCAAAUUUCACAAAUCCAGGACCUGGGACCUGUCAGAGAAAUGGAAGACUCUUGUUGAGUGAUUCACCCGUGAUUCAUCUCAACAUCGCAGAGAGCGUUACGCAAGAGAAGCAGAGAAAUUCCUCUCUCUAUCCGGAAAUCCAUUGGCCGCAAGACGGGCCAUGCUUGCGCUGGAGAAAGACACAGUGUUGGAAAAUUCAAUUGGGACUGGGCAGGAUACAUUGCGAUCCUGGUCAGGCAGGGGAGGAGUGGUUAUAGACGGCCCCCUGAGACAUUUCCCCUGCCACAUCCCAGUUACGCACACGCCCCCACCAUCACAUCAGCCCCCAGCCCUCGAGCGAAAAAGUUCGCAAGUUCACUGAGAACAGACCUUGCCCCUGUUUUUUGGUGCGUGAGUGGAACUGCCCACCAUUUUUAUAAAGGCCACCCACACCCGAAAACUCUUCGUCCUGCUUUAGCACCUUUGGCUUCGCCAAAAAAAAAAAACCCUCUCAUGAAAUAAUUCACCAGUCAUAGUCUUCGAGAUCCGACACUCGAUUACAAAGCAGCCAAACACUGGACCUCCACGAAGCGUCCAGUUCCUUCUCGCAACCACCAGAGUUCUUCGCAACUUUGGUGACCGUGGCUCCCAUCAGGACAGCGCAUAAAACCAUUCGCCAGAUCCCUUGAUAUGUCAGAAAUCAGAAGACAGUGCAUCCCCCUUCUUCCUACCGACCACAGACCAAGGUGAAUUGGUCCCUUCAGCGCCCAACACAGCAAACGGAUUCGACGACAAAACCCAGCAGAAACAACUCAAAACAACAGCCUUGGCAUCGGGCGAGGGGGUAUUUGAGAGAGAGAGAGAAAGAGGUUUUUCUUUUUAGGAUUUGAUGUCUCGAAGGACAUCACAAGAGCCGGAGACGAUGGCUAGCUAUUCACCCUAUGCGUCCGCACGCACCGCGGAAUUUUUCUACGACGACAACAAGUUUCCCAGCCCUUCUCCGACACCAUCACCCCGGGGACCCGGCUACUAUGGGCCUCCUCCGGUCCAGAGACCGGCCACCCGCGCCCACUUCCGCACUCCGAGCACCACUGGCGCCUCAUUCAGGCACGAGUUCCCCAGUCCUCGGACGCCCUCGUUCUCGCCUCGGUACAAUAGCGAAGGCCAGUACGCCACUGCCAAUGUGAAUGGCGGUCCCUUUUUCGACAGAGAGAGAGAGGCGGGGUUCGCGUCGCCGCGCUUUGAGGAACAGCGCCGUACAGCUCCCAUCAACGGCCAUGCUCGCCGCAGCUCAACAUCGGUUCCUCAGAGACCUCAGACUGCCCGACCCACCGCCAACCCCCACAAGAAGCCACCACCACCACCUGCUGCCCGUGCUGCCACGGAGGCGGAUGCCAAGCGGCACAAGAUCCCGCCCGGAUACUCUCUCAAGAACUGGGAUCCCACUGAGGAGCCCAUCAUGCUGCUGGGUAGUGUUUUCGAUGCCAACUCCCUUGGAAAGUGGAUUUAUGACUGGACCGUCUAUCACCACGGACCCUCCACCCCCAUCUCGGACAUGGCCGGAGAGCUUUGGCUCCUUCUGAUCCAGCUGGCCGGAAAGAUCAAGCGUGCCGAGGAGUCCGUUCCCAAGAUCCGUGCCCUGGAGAACAAGCAGAUGGUUGAGGACUUCAUCGAGGCCGGCGACCGCCUCACCGACAAGCUCCGCAAGCUCCUCAAGGCGUGCGAGGCCCCCAUGCUUCGCGUCAAGACCACCCAGAAGAAGGAUCCCCAGCUCGGAAAGAAUGCCGGUGUAGAGUUUGUCGAGACCCUCUUCGGCCGUGAGCGUGAGCUAGAGAAGACUGAGCGCUUUAUGCAUUCCGUCCGCCUCUGGAACCUGCGCUUCGACACCAACUGUGAGGAGAUCCUCCGGAGCCCGACCAACCCGAAAAGGAUUUAUAGGAGCCAGGUUGUACGAUUAGGUCUCUUUCCAACUCUUUUGGUCAUCCGGGGUCUUUAUAAAACACGGGCGGGGAUCACUCCCCCUAGCGUCGUGUUGUCGUCUUUUUCCGGUCUUUCCACAGCGAUACCCAAUACCCAAUGUGCAGACGAGGCAGGAUCGGACAUGAUUAUUUAUUAUUAUUACUACUAUUGA